AUGGCAAAAAUACCAAAAAAGCUUGAACAACUAUGGGCCCGAGUAGACGACCAGGAAAACAGAAACCGCAUAAAGAAUAUUCGGCUUAUCGGUCUGGAAGAGGGUCUGAAGAGUGGUGGCAACAUAAAUGAUUAUGUGAUGAAGAUACUUGCUGAUGGCCUGGGUCUACGAGGGGAGGAAUAUGAGCUGGAAAGAUGCCACAGAGUUCUCAUAACCGCUAAGCAGAAGAAAGGCACAAUGUGGGAGAACUGCCGCUUGUCAUUCUAUGAAGAUAUGACCGCAGAGCGAGUGGCGCAGAGGAAGCUUUUGUACCCAACUGGGACCCGGAGCCAGUGUAUGUCUGCCCCCUUUGUGCCUGGCUACAACCUGGCAGGGGAGGGCUUUGAUGUUCUUACACUUAAGCGAAAAGGAGCUUAUGUGAUUGAUGUGAAGACCUACCUCAAUUCAAGUGACACCUGUAAACUCUGCCCCAAUCCUCAUCAAGGCUACAAACUGCAGAAAGUUGGACUGGAUUUAAGGAAGUUCAGCAACUUGGAGAUUGGAGGAACCAAAUCUAAGGCAUACACCUUUGCUACAGCCCAAAGCAGAGAGGACCGCUACACCUUCAGCACACAUAAAGUCACCUGUAAACAUUACAGUUACCGUGUGUCCAACAGCCCUCCUCUCAGUGCUGAGUUCAGUAGAGAUUUGGCCAGACUGCCAGCUACCUGCAGCUAUGCAACCAGAGCCCAGUACAGACGCCUCAUAGACACAUACGGACACACUAUAUUCACCAGCAGCAGGGGUCCCGACCUGGAUUCCAAGUGUUGUCCUAAAGAGACUCAGAGGGGAACAGUGACGAUAACCAUGAUCCAAGCCUUUGGUCUGAAAGGAGAUUUUUGGGGCAAGACUGAGGGAUAUGUGAAGAUCUACUAUGACUACCCUAGGUACCAGACCAAUGUGAUCCGAUCUAACUCCCCCUCCUGGAUCACCUAUUACCGUCUGGAAAAUGUGAAAACAAGCAGUCCUCUGAGGAUUGAAGUCUGGGACAAAGAUGCGUGGUUUGAUGAUUGGCUAGGAUCAUGUGUGAACUACCUGACUCAAGGUACAAACACAAUCAGAUGCUCCCUUCAGAGAGGCGGCACUGUUUUUGUCAACUACACUCUGACGUGUGACCGUCACCUGACUGGACCCACCUGUAACAAAUACCAACCAUCUCCACAGUGAGAAAUGCAUUCUGGGUGGGGCACACUAUGGAAAUGCUGAUAGCUUAUCCUUAAUCGAGUAUCAGAUCAGGUGAUAACAUUCUUUAAAUUUAUUGCAACAGGUAAUAAAGGGGGACAUAUCAUACACUUAAGAGUUACAGCCCCAAACUGUUAUACAGUUUGGGGCAGAUAGUCAUCGUGUUUAAUCCUCAUUUGACUUUGGUGGUGGGUACACAUUCAAAUCACUUUGCAUUCAUUAAAAACACUGAUUAUUUUCUGAAUUAUGUGUAAAAACGGUCAAGUCCUCUCCAUAAGUAUGAUUACAAAUAGAUUUUUGUAUGUCAUUGUUGCAAAGUCCUUUAUAACAUGUAAUGUUUUUCUUCAGUUCUUUGUUAUUUGUAACACUUAAGAGUAUAAAACAUUUGAUUCGGUAUUGUUUGCAUGGGUAUAAUGUAUAAUAAUGCUCAUCAUAACGAAAUAAACAAGUUCUGAUUAAUUGGCACUUGUGUUUUGUUUUGUUUUGUUUAAUCUCAGGGUUGGUUCUACAAAUCUGAAGAGACCAAGGCCAGAAUAAAUAAAGUGUUGUGAAGUUAGAAUACAUUUAAAUUGUAUAAAUAGUCCAAGCACUGUUGAAAAGGGGUUCCUUUUUUUUACUGUUUUAAUGAAACCAUGAUUUAAAACAUGAACACUGCUGAAAAAGACUGAAACUGGGAAGUGGGAAAAAAACUCAUCCAAAAAGUUGACUGAGGUCAUUUGGCAUCCAUUCAUCCAUUCUCUUCUGCUUAUCCUC